AUGGGGCCGCCCUGCUGCGUAAAGAAAUGGGCGGACCAUGCCAAGUUGAAGGUGACUCGAGUAGAGACACCUCCUCACCUCCUCGCCUCUCACCUCCUCUUGAAUGAUGGGAUCUUGCGGAUACCGGGCGAGAAGGAGACCGCCUUUAAUAACCUGUAUGCAAAGUGGUGGGCAGACGGCAAGUGGAUGUACGUGGUGCAGAAGAGAACGAAGGUCUUCAAGCUAUUCGUAGACCUGGAUUAUGAGUGCGUGAUGGAACCAUCCGACAACGAGCUGGUAACGGUGUGCCUGUCAAUCUAUAGCAGGGUAGCAGAGCUGGUAGGUGCAGCUGCCAGCCGCUGCAUCGUGAGCGUGGCAGACGGGACGAAGCGCCUCAAGGAAGGCGGGUUCAAGAGGGGCGUGCACAUCGUUUGGCCGGACGUCUGCAUAGACGAUACCCAGGCCCUGGUGCUGAGGCGAUGGCUGCUGGUGAGGCUGAAUGAUGAGUUUGGACAGAACUCGUGGGAGAAGGUGGUGGACUCCAACGUCUACAAGGGGGGCAGCGGGCUGCGGAUGAACGGGUCCAUGAAGAUGCCCACGUGUGAGGCAUGUGGGGGGCGCAGAGAGAAGAGCUGCAAGAGCUGCGGUGGGCAGGGAAAGGUGACGGAUCCGCGCAGGUAUGCGGUCUUCAGGUGCUUCGUAAACGGGACGGAAGACGAGGGACUCCUAGAAACAUGCGUCCGGGACCUGGAGACGCAGAUAAGCCUGACCUCUAUCAGGGUGUUGUCGAAGGGCCGGGUCUCUGUGGUCAUUCCCCCCUGCGAUGCGCCCGAGAUGGAUUCAGGGCAGCCGGCAUUCCGGCAGUCCUCCGGUGCCAUAAGCCAUGUCCAGGGAGGGGACCGAACGGAGGCGGUGGCCCGGGAGAUCAGGCUAGCGUUCCCAGAGUGUUUCGAUCAAGGAGAGCGCAUAGAAAAUGUACAGGAGUUUGCGGGCUCGUAUUACCUGGCGCAUACCAACAGCAAGUACUGCAAUAACCUCGGUAGGCCUCACAACAGUAACCGGAUCUACUUUUACCUGAGCGCUGGUUACAUGUUCCAGAAAUGCUACUGUACAUGCGAAACGCUGAAGGGGAGGAGCCAGGGAUUAUGCCAGCACUACAGAAGCCGCGGUGUGAAGAUGAGCGAGGCGCUCAGGAAGGAGCUGUUUCCGGGUGCCGGAGCAGACGGAGAACAAGAGGAGGAAGUGGAGGAAGCUGAGGAAGCUGAGGAAGUGGACGAGUGGAGGCGGAAGAAGAAGCCGGCAAAGAAGAGGGGGAUAAUCAUAAGCAUGGCCAAGUACCUCAAAUAG